GCCGCCGUCACAUGACAUGACCAUUCUUAGCAAUUGCGGUUGAGAAUGGGAUGGUGGUAGUUCCCAACUUCUGUACAUUAAUACACUAACCUUGUAGAAGCAGAUUUACCAUUUAUGUACUGCAAUUGUGCAAAUUAGUACCAUAAAACAACACUGUACGUGUUCAAAAAUUAGCUCAUACGUGUUCAAAAAUCGUAACAUUUGUUUGUUCUCUCCUUCACACAGCCUCUUCAGGACUAACGUAGGAAGAAAAGAGGAGGCAACAUCCAAUACUUAUAUUACUGCUAAUGGAAGCACCAUUCGUAUUAGUAUUACUUAUGACCCUGAUUAUUGUCAACAAUCUAAAAGAGAGGCAGUUAGCUUGAGAUUAUCUCUACUAUAUGCAUGAAGUUUAUAAAGGGGUAGAGUCCACUACAUUUACCUUCAAGAACAACUGUCCAUAUACCAUAUGGCCAGGGACUCUAUCUGGAGCAGGCAGUCCAAUGUUAUCAUCCACGGGAUUUGAGUUACGCAAUGGCGCCACAGUUUCAGUCGAUGCACCAACUCCUUGGUCAGGCAGAUUUUGGGCUCGUACACUUUGCCUGUCUGAUGCCGCUGGAAAGUUCAGGUGUAGUACAGGGGACUGUGGUUCUGGUGAGAAGGCAUGUAACGGCAAAGGAGGAGCUCCACCAGCAACCCUAGCAGAAUUCACUAUAGCAGGAAACAUGGGCAAGGACUUUUACGAUAUAAGCCUCGUUGAUGGGUUCAACUUACCCUUAUCAGUGGUCCCACAAGGCCGGACUAAUGAUUGUCCUGCAACGCGUUGUGCAGCCAACUUGAACCCUCAAUGCCCACAAACAUUGGCUGUUAGGGAUUCUAAUGGGAGUAUCAUCGGUUGUAAGAGUGCAUGUCUGGCAUUUAACCAGCCACAAUAUUGUUGUACUGGUGAUUACAAGACUCCCCAAACAUGUCCACCAACAAAUCUGUCACGAUAUUUCAAGAAUCAGUGCCCUCAAGCUUAUAGCUACGCGUAUGAUGAUUCUACGAGCACCUUUACAUGCCCUACUGGUGUUAACUACCUCAUCACUUUUUGCCCUUAAAGACUAACACUAGUCUUAAACCAGAACUUAAUUCUAUCAAGUAUGCAACAGAGAAUUUUUAUAUUACUAGAUGCUGUAAUGUAGCAAAACCAAAGUAUCUAACUGUUUUUUAGAAAACAUGAUCAAUGAAUUCAGGCUUUGACUUCUUCCUGUAAACAUGAUCAAGUUUCUACAUUCGUCUGUACUUGAAGCUGGCCAAGUCAUUAUUCAUCAAAAAUAAAAACUGUACUCUAUUGUUAUUUGUUA